UAUUCACCGGUGUAAAAUUACGAAUCCAUCUUAAAAAACAUUACCUUCCAUGUAAAAAGUGAAGUAUAUUUGACAUUUAUAAAAAACGAAGAGUAAAAUAAGAAAAAUAAUUGAAAUAAAAAGCCAGGCUACUUUCAAACUUGGGAAAUGCGAAACAAUGCGAAGUAUGGUAUGGGUUGUGACCGGGGGUCGUCGUGGGUGGUCCAAGUCGUUCUCAAAGCAAGCUUCUCUCCUCGUGUGUGGUCUCAGGGGUUUCUACGAACACUGGACUCAACUAUCCGUUCUGCUGCUAGAAGAUGCGAGACAUUUUGUCCGAUCAAAAGGGAGGACUUUCUCGGUGGCUAAUCAAGAAUACCUGAACAUUUAAUAUAUUUUUAUUUCUAUGCGUGAGAUUAUGAUUGCAUUAUUAUGCUGUUUGUUUAUAUUUCAUGUAGUCAACUCGGAAUUGGUUGAUUCUUUUACUGGCAAUUCCAAUGGCGAAAAUGAAACAUGGAAAAAUUUGGAUUUAAGUCAUAGACAUAGGAUUAAGGAUUCCAAUUAUCUGCUGGACAGGUAUCCUUUGGGAGAACUGCCUUCUGAUUCUGAGAACUGCCGGAGACCUGCAAAAUGUAUACCUUUGCAGAACAAUACUUGUAUGGGUACCAGAUUACCUUAUUUGUCUACUACGUUAGAUCUUGUAUCCGAAUAUACGACACCUAAAUUAAUUCAGGAAAAGUUAUAUUUACUACAAGCACUUAGACAUAUACCUAAGUGUUGGGCAGUCGUACAACCAUUCUUGUGUUCGAUAUUCAUGCCUAAAUGCAUAAAUGAUACUGUUGAUUUACCAUCCCAAGAAAUGUGUAAAAUGGUAUCUGGACCUUGCAGAAUAGUAUUCAAUCAUACUAUCUGGCCAAGUUUCGUCAAAUGCGAAAAUACCAAACUUUUUCCGAGAUUAUGUAAAAAUGAUAUUAGAGAAUUGAAAUUCAAUACUUCGGGUAAAUGUUUGAAACCACUUAUUCCAACCGACAAUAUGCUUGCAAUUUUUGAUGGCGUUGAUGGAUGUGGUACGCAGUGCAAUGAUCCAUUUUUUACAUCGGAUGAGCAAAAACAAAUUCAUUCUUUUAUUGCUUGGGCUGCUGGUAUUUGUUGUUCAUUUAAUUUUUUUACUGUGGUCACGUUUUUAAUAGAUUGGAGAAGUGCAAAUAAAUAUCCUGCGUUAGUUAUAUUUUAUAUCAAUUGUUGUUUUAUGGUGUCGUGUAUAGGAUGGUUAGUACAAUUUACUCCUGGAAGUAGAGACGUUAUUGUAUGCCGUAAAGAUGGUACAUUGAGAAUGAGUGAACCAAGCGGAGAAAAUUUAUCAUGCGUUGUUGUUUUUGUACUUGUUUAUUAUUCACUCAUGGCUGCGAUGGUGUGGUUUGUCAUUUUAACAUACGCUUGGCAUAUGAGUUUUCAAGCUCUUGGUAAAAUUCAAGAUAGGAUUGAUAAAAAGGGUGCUUAUUUUCAUCUCAUUGCUUGGUGUUUACCGCUUGUUUUAACGGUGACCAUUAUGGCAUUGGGAGAAAUAGAUGGCAAUAGUGUAACUGGUAUCUGUUUCGUUGGUUAUUCGAAUCAUGCAGUUAGAGCUUGGUUUCUGCUUGGGCCUGUGGUAAUCGUUUUACUCGUGGGAGGAUACUUUUUGUCCAGAGGAUUGAUCACGCUUAUUCGCUUAAAAAUCAGUAGUCAAGAAAUAAUAUCUGAAAGAGCAAGUUCUAAAAUAAGAGAAACCAUCGUUAGAAUGGGCCUAUUUUCAAUUUUUACAUUUGCAGCAGUCAUAGUGACUUGUUAUUGCCACAUUCAUGAAUUUCAGCAUUCUUGGGAAUGGCGAAAAAGUUUUCGUGAUUAUAUGAUAUGUUCGAUAACAACAAAGUAUGCAGACAUAUCCGAAUGUAAAAUGAAAGCAAGACCAAGUGCUGCCAAGUUGCAGUUGCAUUUACUUUCACCAUUUUUUGCUGGUAUUCUCAUGUCGUCAUGGGUUUGGACAGGAUCCACAGUGGAUACGUGGAAUAGAUUUAUCCGACGGACUUUUAAUAGUGAAACUGAAGAGCCGAUAAAACUGAAGAAACACAAAGUGAUAGCACAAGCUUUCGCAAAACGCAAGACUUUUAACAGUGCUGGUCGUUUAUCGAUUAGUUUUCAUAAUACUCACGAAGAUCCAGUAGGAUUAAAUUUUGAUCUCAACUCUGUAGCAUCUCAAGACUUUAGUUCAACUUGGGCUGCUGCUUUACCAAAAUUAGUGACAAGAAGAGGAGCACUGGUGGGUGGAACAACAGGUUCAGUAUCUAGCAACAGAAGAAAUUCUGUUGAUUCUGAAAUAAGUUUCAGCGUGAGACGGGUAUCAGUGGAAUCUCGAAGAAAUUCAUUGGAUUCUCAGAUAUCCGUGCAGAUAGCUGAAUUGAAAACAACGAGAAAGGUAGCUGGAAGUGCUCGUGGACGUCGUGUUAAACGUAGAAGAGAUUUUGCUAAAUCAAGAUCUAGCAAAGUUGGUCCACUUUUUCGUCGAGGCAGUUCUACGUCUCAAGAGAGUCAGCUUGGUGCACAAAUACUUUCAGCAUUGACCAUUGGUGGUACAUCUAAAGUCCCUAUUCAAGUUCCUAAUAUGAAAAGACGGUCGGCUAGUGCAGGAUUGGACGAACGUGUUUUAAAUUCUAAAAUGUUAGAAUGGAAAAGUCCGGGUAUGUUAUUACCAUUUUUAUUUCCAAAUCAAAGCGGUAGCGAUGAGAAUUUAAGUAGCGAAGAAAAAAGGCAUCGAGAUAUGAGAGAUAAAGAUAUUGAUAUAGAAGCAGGCAAUGCAGACAAAGACGAUCAAGAUACUGACAGUGAUGAUAGUCAGCCUGACGAAGAAACGAAGAUGCUGGAAAUGGAAGAACCAAUGGAAAAUAGUAAAAGUAAGAUGAAUAACAAAAGUGGCAAGAAUUAUUGUCACGAAAGUGAUAUUAGAACUAGAGAAGGUCGUAAAAGUAAAUACUUGUUACAAGACGAGGCUAUCCUAAAACAUUUACUCCAAGAGUCCAGUGAAACAAAAUUGAAAUGUGAGUCGGAGAAAAAAGACACAUACAAAAAGGCUGGUAUGGGUGAUUUAGCAUCCAGUUUGAAAUCUUGUUGUCCUGAAUUAACACGAAUAAUGGAUAAAUCGGAUGGGCAAAUUAAUGCCAGAGAAAUAGCUACACAAACUUCUUUGCCUCUCGAUAUUUUAGAAAUGGAGGAACUAAAGCAAAGUAUUGAUGAGAUUAUUAACAGCAGGCAUUGUAGUUCUAAAGCAACGCAAAUGUAAUUUUAAUUAAAUGAACAAUUUGAAUAUUGCAAUAUUUAAGACUGAACAUUGACACUGAUCAAUAUUUUAUAUCAUCGAAGAAUAAAGUUCAUUCAUAUGUUUAAUGUACAACACUAUAGCAAUUUAAAAUGUUAACAUUAUUAUAUGUUUUUAAUAGGUAAGGAUAUACUAUUUCUUUUCAUUUAAUUAGUAUGUCGAAACUUUUCUUACUGUAAAUGAUUUAUGACUU